AUGGCAUCCAUGAACUACUACUCUUUGGUGUUGGUGGUGGUUUCAUUGGUCUGGGCACCUCUGGCUGUCGUGGCCGGCGAUCCAGACAUCCUUGGUGACUUCAUCGUGCCGGCGCCGAUGGUUGGCAUGCCGCCGACGAACAUCACCGGUGACUUCUUCACCUACACUGACUUCGGUGCCGCAAACGAGACCAUGCCGUGGCCUCCACAGUAUUUCAUUGUGAUCAAGGCCAAUAUGGGGGCGUUCCCUGCGCUCAACGGGCAGAGUGUGUCCUAUGCCAUGCUCGUGUUCCCCUCCGGAUACGUCAACCCGCCGCACACCCAUCCGCGCGCUGCUGAGUUGCUGUUUGUCCACAGCGGUGCGCUCUCCGUCGGGUUUGUUGACACUGCCGGUAAGCUCUACACACAGGACCUCGUGGCCGGUGACAUAUUUGUGUUCCCCAAGGGCCUCGUGCACUACCAGUACAACCAGGGCCCCAACCCUGCCACCGCGUUCUCGGCCUUUGGUAGUGCCGCCCCGGGCACCGUGAAUGUGCCUGCCUCCGUGUUCGGCACCGGCGUUGACGACGUCGUGCUUGCCAAGUCCUUCAAGACUGACUUUUGGACGGUGCAGAAGCUCAAGGCAGCGCUCACUCCACCACCCAAGUGAUUCGUUUGUGCUCUUGUCGCUCUUGUUCUUCAUCACUGUAUCGCCCCUGCCGCGAACUAAUAAGGCCACCAUGCUAGUGAAUGAUAGUGGCAUAAUCCCGGUUGUAUUGUUAGUUUCAGUUGUGAUUGUUGUGACUUGUAAUAAUAUGCUUCUUGUGGUUUGUGAGUUGAUAUUGUGAUCGUGUCAAAUUUAUUUAAUCAUCGUGUGAAGAAUGUGCCAU